UGCCCGUGGGUGGAGUGAUGGGGUGACUCUGCUCCCCGCUGUUCAUUGGCUCAUCCUCCACCCUCUGCUCCCCUGGGAAGUCAAGUCUGAAUUUUGUCUGCUAGUUACCUUUAGCCCAGUGGGCAGGAGAGCAGACCUGGCAUGUGACUGAUGCCCGGAGAGACCUUGGCAGUCGGGAUAAGCGCCAGCUGAGCUAGUCCAACCCCACCCACCCCCACCCGGUGCCUGUGCAGCUCCUGCAGCCAUGUGUCAUCCAGCAGUCAGCUGUUGAGGACACAGAUGAAGUCAACGUAGAGAACUACCCGCCCCAGAUCAUGCAAGCUAACGAGCUGUUGCGGUAUUUCCGAAUGCCAGACCUGGUGGACUUUCGGCAGUAUAUCCGCACUGUUCCACCGCACACACUCGUGGGCUUUGGUGCCUUUGCCGCCUUCACCACUUUCUGGUACGCCACGAGACCCAAGCCUGUGAAGCCGCCAUGUAAUCUCUCCAUGCAGUCGGUGGAAGUAGCGGGUAGUGGAGGUGCACGGCGGUCCGCCAUCCUUUCCAGCGAUGAGCCCCUGGUAUACUUCUACGAUGACGUCAGGACACUGUAUGAAGGUUUCCAGAGGGGUCUGCUGGUGUCAAAUAAUGGCCCGUGCCUAGGCUCUCGGAAACCAAACCAACCCUAUGAAUGGCUUUCCUACAAAGAGGUUGCAGAAUUGUCAGAGUGUGUAGGCUCAGCACUACUCCAGAAGGGCUUCAAGGCUUCCUCGGAUCAAUUCAUCGGCAUUUUUUCCCAAAACAGACCUGAGUGGGUGAUCAUUGAACUGGGAUGCUUUGCAUUUUCAAUGGUGGCUGUUCCCCUCUACGAUACCCUUGGAACUGAAGCAAUCACCUAUAUUGUCAACAAAGCUGAACUCUCCUUGGUGUUUGUGGACAAACCAGAGAAGGCCAAACUUUUAUUAGAUGGUGUAGAAAAUAAAUUGACACCAGGCCUUAAAACUAUAGUGCUCAUGGAGCAUAGUUCCAGUGAUGUGUUUGAACAAGGCAAGAAGCUUGGGGUGGAAAUGAUGACUCUGAAGGCAUUUCAGGACCUGGGAAGAGCCAACCGACAGAAGCCCAAGCCUCCAAAGCCUGAAGAUUUGGCCGUGAUUUGUUUCACAAGUGGAACUACAGGCAACCCUAAAGGAGCACUCAUCACUCACCGGAAUAUAGUGAGCGACUGUUCAGCUUUCGUGAAAGUGACAGAGACAAUACUCCUUCCUUCUCCAGCUGAUACUUUGAUCUCUUUCUUGCCACUCGCUCAUAUGUUUGAGAGAGUUGUAGAGUGUGUAAUGCUAUGUCAUGGAGCUAAAAUAGGAUUUUUCCAAGGAGAUAUCAGGCUGCUGAUGGAUGACCUCAAGGUGCUGCAACCCACUAUCUUUCCCGUGGUUCCAAGGCUGCUGAACCGGAUGUUUGACCGAAUUUUUAGCCAAGCAAACAGCACAGUGAAGCGGUGGAUGUUGGACUUUGCCUCCAAAAGGAAGGAAGCUGAGCUCCGCAGUGGCAUCGUCCGAAACAACAGCUUGUGGGAUAAACUCAUCUUCAAAAAAAUUCAGUCGAGUCUAGGAGGAAAAGUGCGGCUGAUGAUUACCGGUGCCGCUCCUGUAUCUGCCACUGUGCUGACCUUCCUUCGAGCAGCGCUUGGAUGCCAGUUCUACGAGGGCUAUGGACAGACGGAGUGCACUGCCGGCUGCUGCCUGACCAUUCCUGGAGACUGGACUGCAGGCCACGUUGGCGCCCCGAUGCCUUGCAAUGCCAUCAAACUUGUGGAUGUAGAAGAAAUGAAUUACAUGGCAGCCAAGGGGGAGGGAGAGGUUUGUGUUAAAGGGGCAAACGUAUUUCAAGGCUACUUGAAGGACCCAAGCAAAACAGCGGAAGCUCUGGAUAAAGAUGGCUGGUUGCACACAGGGGACAUCGGGAAAUGGUUACCAAAUGGCACCUUGAAGAUUAUUGACCGGAAAAAACACAUAUUUAAACUGGCACAAGGAGAAUAUAUAGCACCUGAAAAGAUUGAGAAUAUCUACGUGCGAAGCGAGCCAGUGGCUCAAGUGUUUGUCUAUGGGGAGAGCUUGCAGGCAUUUCUCAUAGGGAUUGUGGUGCCAGAUCCUGAGGCGUUGAGCCCCUGGGCCAAGAAGAAAGGAAUCAUUGGGUCUUUCGAAGAGCUAUGCAGGAAUAAGGAUGUCAGUAAAGCUAUCCUGGAAGACAUGGUGAGACUUGGCAAAGAAUCCGGUCUAAAACCAUUUGAACAGGUCAAAGGUAUUACUCUCCACAAUGAACUCUUUUCUGUGGAGAAUGGCCUUCUGACUCCCACAAUGAAAGCCAAGAGGCCAGAGCUGCGGAAGUAUUUCAGGUCACAGAUAGAUGAACUGUACGCCACCAUCAAAGUCUAACACCGAGGGUGCAGGCGCCGGAAAAACCAUCCACCUCUACACCCUUCGACCGAUGGCCUUGGUGUUGGUAAUUCUGAUGACAGCAAGCAUAGGAAAGGAACUGUCUGUGUCGACUUGUCCAUUCAGGGUUCUUGUCCUAGGAAUAUUAGAGGAAACGGAACACUGCCUUAUAAAGCCACCUCGCGUUGCAGACCAUGUUUAUUUAUGGUGACCCAUAAUUUCCCAAAAUGAGCCUUAAAAAAUUGUAAAGGGGAAAACUGUAAAUGUGCUAAGUUAUUUGAGACUUCCUCAGUUUCAAAGGCGGGUGUUAAACCUUCUGUCUCCUGUUUUUCUAACCAAGAGGUUAGGACUUGGCUAUUUCUGAGAUGUCUGCUACUUGCUGCAAAGCCUGCUCUUAACUGCUGCUCUAGGGAAGACAGUGCACCAGAGGGACACUUUCCCUUCAGACACAGGAACAGCUGUCCCCGCUGGAGAAUGUCACAAGAGGACCAGAGCUACUUGGUUCAUCCCUGCCUCCACCCCUUCCCAUCUCCUGAACGCAUAGCCCUGAGGAUCUAGGGCUCUGAACCUCAUGCUUUUUUCUACAAGCCCAAUCCCUCCUGCCCUGGGGUUCCUGGGUUCCCCCUGGGGUUCCUCUGGGAACACAGAGCUUCCCAGAGCAGUGCAGGGCAGACCCACCUGAGCAGAGACCCAAUGGGGCAUGAGUGGCCUGUAGCUAAGAGCAGAUACUCAGCCCCUCCUCUUCAGGCCUCCCUUCACCUCUACCCAGGAAUUGUUGUUUUAAAAAAAAAAUCUGCCUUCAACUCUACAGGAAAGACAAGCAUUUCAAGAUAGAAAGACCUGGGAUCAGCCACCUGCAACUGUGAUGCCUAACAACAGCUUUGCUCCACGGAACCUCCUACUCUGUCUGUCAUGGCCAGCAGGUUCUUAGUGGAGUUUUCAGCUCAAAAGAUCAUGUGGUUAACUGGCCUUUUAUUCCCCCAGAAUAAGUCUCAGGCAAGGCAUGUCUAGUAAAGGAGUAGAUGUACUUGGUGAAAUGGACAGUAAUAAACAAAUGCUCUUCUAACAGCUACCUGAAUCCUAUGAAAUAUAUUUGACAAGCCAAACUUCUGGGAGGUAGAAAAUCUGGAGAACCCUCAUUUCCUGGGAUGAACUUCUCAAGGGAUAUUUUAAGUUGAUUGGGGAAAUUAGCAGCAUUUCACUUUACUGCAAAUCUUUGCCACCCAUGACUGAUUUGUCGUUUAUACCUUUCAAGCAGUUGUUUGGGGAUGUGUGAGAAUCCACGUAUUAUACAAGCACAACUGGGUUUGCACUAAAGAAUUGUCAUUGUAAUAACACUAUUUGGUAGCCUACCUUCAUAUGUGUGUUCUUAAUUGCACAAAAAGUCAAUAAUUUGUCACAUUGGGGUUCUGAAUGUUUGCUUUAAGUGUUGGCUAUUUCUAUGUUUUAUAAACCAAAACUGAAUUUCCAAAAACAAUGAAGGAAACCAAAAUAAAUAUUUCUGCAUUUCA